AUGGCGGCGGCGGCGGCGGCGGCGGUGGAAAGCCUCCCCCAAGAACUCCUCACCAGUAUCUUUCUCUUACUCUCAUGCAUCGCCGACCGCGUCAGGUUCUCCGCCGUCUGCAAACACUGGCGCCGCGUCGCUCUCCAGAAGCCGCCCCCGCUUCCCUGGCUCCUCAUGCCCACUACCGGCCUGAUCUCCUGCUACCGGAUGUUCGGCGGUUUCACAGGUCAGCAGCCAUCCUUCGCCAUCGACGCCCGGGGAGCGCGCUUCUUGGGCUCCUUCCCGGGCGGCUGGUUCAUCGUCGCGCUCCAGCGUUGGCGCGGCCACGCCCUGCUCAACCUCCUCUCGGGGGAGAGCGUGCCGCUCCCGGACAUCGCGUAUUUUUGUGGCGAAAUGGAUGUCCCCGUAGACAUCCGCGCCGCCACCAUCUCCGCAGCUCCUUCUGCCGGCGGCGGCUCUGGCGCGUGCGUCGUCGCCGCCAUAACGUCCGUGCAUGACCUGACGUACUACGACGGGUGGUUCUGCGUUCUCACCAGCAGGGAGAGGCUAGUCUGGUACAAGCCGGAAACGUACGCAGACGGCGUCGUGCUCCCGCUCAAGGUCGAGACUCAGCACGAGUUCCGUGAUUACAACAUGACCCCGUCGCCGUCGGUAAUCGGGGAGCCCGUCGCCCUCUACCUCUUGCCGUCCGCCUCCGGCGCGGAUCUGCUAAUGGUGAGGAGGACGAGGUUCAGGUUCAGCUACCCACACCCAGACAAGACGGUGUUCGAGGUCUUCAGGCUACAAGAACAGGAAGAAGGACCAGCUUCCUGGUGCCCUUACCGCAUGAACGGACAGGUGAUCUUCGUCAGGCAAGGCGGGUCCAAGGCCUUCGACACGGGACUCGACCACUCCGGCUACAUCUACUUCCUCGACGACAUCAACCAUGGCGGUCCAACGAGCUUUUUCCUGCCGUUGACCAAGUACCGCUGCGUCGACUCCGGCUCUUACUGUUGCUCCACCGACGCAGUCAAGGGUGGAAUCAAGCGCUGCUUGCCGCAGGAGCCCUCGUCGUCGGACUGCUCGCAGUGGAUUUGGUACUUCCAUUGA